AUGUUAUUAGAAGUAGAGAAAUGUGGACUUUCUAACCUGCACAACUACUACGAGUGCAAACAGAAAAGCUGCAAAGAUUUCUCAGAAGAAGAGGAGGCCAGGCAGAAGAAGCUGAAGAAGAGACGAUUUCACCACAGCUGGGUCGAAGAAAGAGAACUAGCCUAUGAUAAGACCACAGGCAUCUGGUGGCUUCUGUUCUCGGAAAACCAAGGCAUGUUUUGUUUUCUUUGCUGUAAACAUAAAACUUUGAACACCCAGAACAAUGCUGCAGUAUUCAGCACUACACCCAGCAAAAGAUACAGGAAAGAGGCCAUCAGAGAACAUUCUUCAGCCAAAAUGCAUCAAGCUGCUGUGGAAGCUAAAAUGAAUCAAAGGGUGUCAAUGUUUCAUCAACAAUAUAGAGAAAAGGAAGCAGUUCGCAGCGAUGUAUUGUACAAUGCUUUUGCAGCCUUGUACUGGUUAGCAAGGGAGGCAGUUGCCAAUGUUAAGUUCUUUUCUUUGCUAAACCUGUUUCGUGCUGUUGGGCUAGACAAAAUGCAGCAUUUUAAUCACAAAUCUCCCGCUGCAGUGAGAAGAAAUGUUCCUGACAAGUGGAAAUGUGGUCAAGAACAUGAUUAUAAACGAAAUAAAGAAAGCAGGGUCUUAUGGCCUUCUAAUUGAUGAAGUAACAGACAUCUCUGUUACUGAGCAAUUAAUCACGUUCGUGCAGUUUUGGAACAGCACUUCUGGUGGCACAGAGAUUAAGUUUCUUAGUGCAAAUGAUCUCCUUGUUGAAUCUGAGUCUGCAAAUGCAGAAACCAUAACGAGGACUCUUGUAACAGAGUUAAACCAUUGUGACUUGUCAGUUGGAAAGCUCAAUGGCCUUUGCACGGAUGGAGCAUCCGUGAUGACUGGAAAAACCAGUGGGGUGGCCACCAGGCUGAAAGAGUUGAACAAACACCUCGUCAGCGUUCACUGCAUCCGCCAUAAACUGUCCCUUACUUGCUGUGACACUAAUGAGGAUAUCGCAUACAUGCAAGAAGUUGAGAGAUGGCUUUUUCAGAUCUAGAAAUUUUUUGAAAAUUCCCCAAAACGACUUACAGCAUAUCUGAAGACCCAACUUAACGUGAAAAAGCUGCAAGAGCCUUCAAAAGAGGCUAAAGAUAAGUGCGUCCGUAGACUUGCUAAGGCUACUCGCACGAGGUGGCUCUCUCUUGGCAAGGCUGUAGAGGGUGUACAUAAGGAUUACGUACCACUCAUGCUUACACUAAAGCAACUUGACCAGAAAGAUGCUCAGGCGUCAGGUCUUCUCGCAAAGAUGCACAAAGUGAAAUUCAUUGGGGUGGUAACAGUCAUGCAUCACGUUCUUCCUGUUCUCAACAGGCUCAGCUAUGCUUUCCAACAAGGAAAGGUUUCCUUCUCCCAUAUAAAGCCAGCAAUUCAGAAGUGCACCGAUGACCUUGACAAAAUUGCCCAGAUGAGAGUUCCAGUCACUGAGUUCCUUAGAGAUCUUUCACCUGGAGGCAGAUUGGAACAAGCUGAUCUUACUGCGUCUGAUAGAGAUAAGCUGUUUCUCACCAAUUUCCUGGUGAAAUAUGUCAAUUCACUGAAAGAAAGUUUAAGUAGCAGAUUUCCUGCCCUUCCCCUCCUGUCUGCUUUUAGUAUAUUUGACCCCGCACAAGUUCCAGAAAGGGGCCAGCCAGGAUUCAGGGAUUAUGGCAGUGCAGCGGUGAAACUUCUGGCUGAGCAGUUCUUUGAUGACGAAAGCCACAAAAACCAGUUGAUGGAUGAGUGGCAGGUAUUCAAGUACGACUUGGCAAAAUGGAAGAACGAAUUGCCUGAGGAAGUUAGAAAGCUCUCUGGUGGAAGCAAACCUACAGUCACUUCAACUGAUUGGUGCCUCCAGAAGCUAAUGUUCAUGAAGGACCUGGUCCCAUUUAAUCUUCCACUUAUUGCAAAGUUGGCAGAGGCAGUGAUCUCUCUUCCAGUCUCGAAUGCAUGGCCGGAAAGGGGUGCCAGUUCUUUAAAACUGAUGAAGACAAGGCUUCAAAGUAGAAUGAAGAAUGACAUGCUCAACGCUCUGCUACACAUUCUCAUCAAUGGUCCUAAAGUGGGAAGUAAGGAAUUUGAAGGAGUGAUUGAUGCUUCUGUUAGAGCUUGGUUAGCUGCCAAACCACGCCGAAAGUGUCCUCCAAAGUUUGUCAGCACACCACUGGUCGCCAAUUCAAGUGGUAUAAGUGAGAACGUUGUAACGGUAACCAUGCAGGAUGCUGGUGUGCAGACAAAUGAUGACAGCGUCAUUCAGCCAGUUCAACGUACAAUUGCAGAUGAGUAG